UUUCUGAGAUGGGAUACUGUCCACAAACUGACGCUUUAAUACCCUCCUUAAACACUUUUGAUCACUUACGAUUGUUCGCACGUCUUCGUGGUAUACCAAAGUCCAACGUAGAGUUGGAAGUUAAUAAAUGGAUCACUAGACUGAAUUUAACUGCUUGCAUGAAGCAGCCAAGCGGUACUUACAGCAACGGUAAUAAGAGACGCUUAAAUAUCGCAAAGAUCGGAAGA